AUCAAUUUAAGGGGACGUCUUCCCAUCUGAUAACAACGGACGGUGGCGGAUCUAAAUCACUAUCAUCAGUACUUUUUGGUUUAGGCUACCGAACGGGAAGGGUCGCGGAUUUUCCUCCGUUUUGAACCUUGAAGUCGAAGAUGUCGAACCUAGUGAAUCGUAUGGUUUCGGUUGGUGUCAGUGUUCUACUGAUCGUUUGCUCGAGUGGUGUUUUCUGCGGUCCAGUUGCUCCCUUCGAUUGUGCAAGUGAAGUGAAUGGAAAUUCGACAAAAGAGGAAGCACUGAAAAAUGCACUACUAUGUGGAACCGGAUAUAACACACGGCAGAGACCAGUGAAGAAUCAGCAAGAUCGAGUGGCAAUGUACAUUGGAGCGGAUGUUAUGAAUGUAGAAUUGAUUCAUAAUUCCUUUGCCAAAUUAGAAAUUACGGUAGAAAUAUCUAUGCAAUGGUACGAUGCUUACCUACACUGGAAUAAAAAAGCUCAGAACAACAUUCAGACACUUUCCAUUUCCGAACGAGAUAUCUGGACACCGAAGCUAUCUGCCAAAUCUCUAUCGAAAUCACCCGUUCAAAAGAUCGAUCAUUGCUACCAAGUAAAAUGCCAUCUCAGUUCCGAUGGAGAAGUUAUGUACUCCAUGUUGUGUACGUUUACCGUUGACUGUCUGGACAAUUCACUUCAUUGGGCGUUCGAAACCAAAGAUUGUCCUUUGCGGAUGUUUACGCCGGAGUAUGACAUCAACCAGUUGUCCCUGUUCCAUUUCCAACGGCGGCUUUCGUACUCGGUUGCUGGAGUGCUGCCAUACAAGAUCACCUCCUUCCAGAUGGCCAUCGUGAACAACUCCGUAAGCCCUGAGUUUAGGAUGGAUAUCGUUGUAGAACGCAUGGUAGGACCUCACUUGGUGGUCUUUCUUAUUUUGAUUUUGGUGCUGAUGUCUCUGAACCUCUUGAUCACGUGGUUUCGAAUUGAUACUACUGUUCGAGCUGUAAUGUCUAUGACAUCAUUGGCGUUGCAUGUGAUCUACACAGUGAUACUAUAUUGGUAUGCUUCUACAAAGAUGCAUCCAGCCUCGGGACUAGCAAAUAUGCUCUUAGGAUCUCUCAUAAUAGCAAUCCUUUUGAUUGGAGUACUGGUGUACUCUAUAAAUAUAACGAAGCAUAGUAGCAUGGGCGUUCCUCAUAUCCUCCAGAAAUGCUACCAAUCAGUUACGAAAAUAACAGUAUUCAAAGCAUUUCUCAAGCUUAGUUAUUUCAAUAUAGGAGGCCAGCUAAUAAAGUCAUCGAAGAAAAGCUCUUCGGAAGGACUUUCCAAUCAUGUUGAUCAAAUCGAAUCGACAUCGAGAGACACUACGAUAAUCGAGCAAGCUGAUUCCGACCAAGCGGAAGUGGAUCCAGCGAAACUGAAGUGGAGCGUGUUCAUACAGCCCUUUGACCGGAUAAUUUUCUGCGGAAUUGCCAUCGCCUACGUGCUGAUGCUUCUAGUGUUGUUUCUAGCGUGAGACCGACAAAACACGGAAAACCAUCGAACUAGGGUUCUCGCGAGUUCUCUCCAUUGCCAAGCUAGAUGCAGCUCAAUUAAACGAGAUAAUAAAACCAAUAAAGUAAGAAAUUCCCUAUUUUCUGAUGGACGAGACGAAUAGUAUAGAAAAGACACAAAUCUAUAUGUAAUGACACUAAUUGCAAUGAAGGCAAGUAUUGACCUAGAGCUGACGUGCUGCUUCCUGUUCAGUAAUUUAUGUGUUCGACGAUGACUUUAGGAUAGGAAAUAAAUAAA